GUCUUCUGUCAAGGUCGGGGGGCAAUGUUGCCAGCAGUUCAAAGCAGGUGCACCACAUCUGCCAUCCUUGGCCGAGGUGGUGGGCUUCCUCUUGAACAGAAGGCUUUUCUCUACACCGUUGACGCUAGAGCCGCUGGAAGCCAAGUUUGGAAGUGAACACAGGCGGGCACGGGGCCAAGAGUACUUUCACCUCGUUGCCCCAAAGCUUCCAGAUUACUUGGCGCAGUUUCAGGAAGCGUUUGACAUUGUCCUCGAAAGCUUGCCUGAGGUGGACUGGACGAGAUGUUCCAAUGGGGAUGCCACGGUGACCAUGAUGGCAGGGCCACUUGUCCGCGACAAGAUGGUGUACAUGCCGAGCACUUGGCAAGGCACGGCAAGUGCGAACGAAACAGCAACCAAGAUGGCAGGUAUUCAGCCUGGCAUGGCCUUGCACUGCGACAUGAGGACCCUCUUCUAUCCAGAAGGCGACUUUGCUCGAGCAUUUCCGGAGCUUCUCCGAGAUGCGUGCGAAGAUCUGACAGGUCCAGAUGCGCAACCGCGGAGAUUCCCCGCCGGCAGCGUGGUCCGCUACGACGCACAGGCGGUGCACUCUGCGAGCAGCCCUGAGAGGAAGAUGCGCAUCACAUACACAGAACGUAUACUGGAAUAA